CAGGCAUUCGCUACACAGCGCCGGCUGAGAGCGAACGCGCCAAAACGUGCGGCCGCAGAGAGUCUCGAUGCGUCGAAACUUCGACGAUUCAAAUUGAGAAAACAAAAGACGUUCUAAAGUUUAAGUCGAUUUGAAAAUGACGUAAAAUUUUCAUUUAAUAUUUUGUGCUCUUAGUGAAAUUUAUUCAACAACUUUUUUGAAGUUAUUUGUGCAUUUCCGAGUGAAUUGAUUAUAAUGUCACCUGAAUGAAAAAUUACGCCGAGCCAUGGACGCGGAUAUCAUGAUGGAGGGAUUCGAGACCGACAUGACCACGCCCAACUAUGCCGUGAACCCGAUCAUGACGCCCAUGACGGCCGCAGACCACAACCACACCUGGAAGAACAUAAGCAACGCCACAGCACCGGGGAGCACCAUUAAUGUAUAUUAUUUUUAUGAUGCUGCACAGUUUACGGUGAUGUGGAUACUGUUCGUCUCCAUAGUGGUGCUAAAUUCAUCAGUUAUUGCGGCUCUGCUAUGCACCAACGCCAGAAAGAGCAGAAUGAACUUCUUCAUUAUGCAGCUCGCUAUUGCUGAUUUAUUCGUGGGUUUGACCUACGUGUUCCCUGAUAUAUUACAGAAGAUCAUCAUUGCUUGGUACGCGGGCGAGUUUAUGUGCAAAACCGUCAAAUUCCUGCAGGCCGUUGUGAUGUACGCGUCGACGUACGUGCUGGUCGCGUUGAGUAUCGACCGUUGCGAUGCCAUCACAAACCCCAUGAACUUCUCUGGGAGCUGGAAUCGAGCGCGGGUCCUCGUCGUGUCCGCCUGGUUAAUCAGCGUAAUAUUCUCCAUUCCCCUUUUCAUCUUAUACGAAGUCAAAGAAGUUCAAGGUGAACUCCAAUGCUGGAUCGAUUUGGGAAACCCAAAGCGAUGGCGCAUCUGGGUGACUCUGGUGUCCAUGAUGAUAUUCAUCCUUCCUGCCUUGACCAUAGCUGCAUGUUACGCGGUCAUCGUGCUCACGAUUUGGACCAAAAGCAAGGCUGUAGUGAUGAGCCCUCCGAUUUCUUCCAGGAGGACCAAGACUAUGAGGAAUGGUCAGAUAGAGAGCGACCCGGAUUCGAGGAGGGCCAGCUCGCGCGGACUGAUACCAAGAGCCAAGAUCAAGAGCGUCAAAAUGACAUUCGUCAUUGUUUUCGUGUUCGUAUUGUGCUGGUCUCCGUAUAUAGUGUUCGAUCUGCUCCAAGUGUACGGUCACAUUCCGUCGACGCAGCACUACUCCGCCAUCGCCACCCUCAUCCAGAGCCUCGCGCCCCUCAACUCGGCCGCCAAUCCUCUUAUUUGCUGCAUGUUCUCUCCAUACAUUUACACUAGUUUGCGACGCGUGCCCCCCUACAAGUGGAUAUGGUGGUUGGGUCGCCAUAAGCGCGCAGGCCGCGGCACACUCCGAUCCCGCUCAGACUCCACAGCCCACUCCGACCUGCUAAGCUCCACGCACGCACGACGCUCGCACUCUGUAGCAACGAUCCUUAACCGCACCCGAAGCAGCAGCGUGUCGAGACCGCAGUCCGAGGCGCGCAAGACUCAACUCCUGGUGCUGGCGUCAGCGCGUGACUGACAGCAGGCUGUCCGCAAGCCACCACACGACGUCAUGCUGUAACAACAUGCUGCCGUCUUGUGGAACUUGCGAUUUUGAACCUUAACCUCUGGGAGCUACGAAACGCUUGCCUUCAUCUAAAAAGGCAUAAUUUCUUGUGUAACUUGCAAUUUUGGACCUUAACCUCUGGAAGCUACGAAACACUUGCUUUCAUCUAAAAAAGCAUUAUUUCUUGUGUAACUUGCGAUUUUGGACCUUAACCUCUGAGAGCUACGAAAUACUUGUCUUCAUCAAAAAAGGCAUCAUUGCUUGUGGAACUUGCGAUUUUGAACCCUAACCUCUGGGAGCUACGAAACACUUGCCUUCAUCUAAAAAGGCAUCAUUUCUUGUGUAACUUGCGAUUUUAAACCUUAACCUCUGGGAGCUACGAAGCACUUGCCUUCAUCUAAAAAGGCACCAUUUCUUGUGUAACUUGCGAUUUUAAACCUUAACCUCUGGGAGCUACGAAGCACUUGCCUUCAUCUAAAAAGGCACCAUUUCUUGUGUAGCUAGCGAUUUUGGACCUUAACCUCUGGGAGCUACGAAACACUUGCCUUCAUCUAAAAAGGCAUCAUUGCUUGUGUAGCUUGCGAUUUUGGACCUUAACUUCUGGGAGCUACGAAACACUUGCAUACAUCUAAAAAGGCAUCAUUGAAACUCCUUCGGAAUAGUAUUAUUUAAUAAUUCAAUAUUAGUUCUCGAUGUGAAAAACGCUAGUUGGACUUCCAUUGAUUAAUGUUCUGUUGAAAUUACGAAAAGCAGUUGCGUAUACCAAAGAUUAUGUAAUUAUGGACUUGUUGAAUAUCUAUUCAUUUUAAAAUAAUGUUUCAAAGCUUAAUUACGUAGGUGUAUUUUAUUUAAGAUAAGAUUAGUAUAUUGAGUUCUAAUUGCAUUAUAUGUUCAUUUUACUAUCGUAAGAUCUAAGAUAUGACGAACCUUUUCCACUGUAGCUAAACUGUUGUUGUAGUGAGAUUGUAUGAUAGCAUAGCAUAAUUAAUUCAUCGAAUAUUUAAAAAAAUAAGAGAGAAGUGAUUAUGAAAUUUAAAAUUCAGGAAUCACAAACGUCCUCUGCAAUUUCUGCACAUAUUUUUUAUGAGCAAUGCUAGCUUACAAUAUUUUUUUAUUAAGAUUAUAAAAUUUUGCUUUAAUAGAUACAUAAAUACAUCGAAAACUAAAACUUAAGCGUUAAAUUCUAGCAUUUCUUUGGAGCCGUCUAUUAUAGAAAUACGUAAACUUUUUAGUUCACCCAAUUGUGUUUUAGAAGGUCAAUCACUCGCAGGCCAGUGUGCUCAGUGAGAGUUUUUUAACGUUUCCGAUAGCGUAAAAGUUAACUCGAAUUUUGUAUGGAAUUGGAACGUUUGCAUAAGUUUGCCGCUAGGGGCGCUGUUCCAACUGCAUAUAAAUUUGAGUUAAC